CGCGCGCCACGUGUUCCCGCCCAAUCCCUCCGUUAAAAGGGCGGACCCAAAUCCCGAGGCCCCUAAAAUUCCGUUCGUUUUUCUCACAAUCCAAAAUCUUCAAUUUCUUAUUUCCUUCAUCACCAAAACGAUGCCGUAUUGCGAAGUCGCGUCGCCGCAGAAUGCCGCCGCCGUCGACGAAAAGCUCGACGCCGCAACCAAAAUCUACUACCGCACUUACGGCCGCGGCCCCACCAAGGUCCUCCUGAUCAUCGGUUUGGCCGGAACGCACGGCUCGUGGGGCCCGCAGAUUCAGGGGCUCACGGGGUCGGUGACGCCGAACGACGAGAACAGGCCGGCGGCGGAGGAGGAGGAGGAGUGCGAGCGCGACAAUGAGGCUGGUUUCAGCGGCGGAGGAAUCGAGGUGUGCGCGUUUGAUAAUCGGGGCAUGGGCCGGAGCUCCGUGCCGGUCAAAAAGUCCGAAUACACAACAAGAACAAUGGCGAAGGAUGCGAUCGCGUUGAUGGAUCAUUUGGGGUGGAAACAAGCGCAUGUCUUCGGGCAUUCCAUGGGAGCUAUGAUUGCUUGCAAGUUAGCAGCAAUGGUGCCUGACAGGGUUUUGUCAUUGGCUCUGCUUAAUGUGACAGGAGGAGGUUUUGAAUGUUUACCAAGGCUCGACCGCAAAACAUUAUCUAUUGCUAUCCGUUUUUUGAAGGCAAAGACUCCGGAGCAAAGAGCAGCUGUUGACUUGGAUACUCACUAUUCGAAGGAGUAUCUUGAGGAAAACGUUGGAUCCAACACAAGAAGAGCAAUUUUAUACCAAGAAUAUGUAAAAGGUAUAUCAGCAACUGGGAUGCAGUCUAAUUAUGGUUUCGAAGGUCAACUGAAUGCGUGCUGGACACAUAAAAUGACACCAACUGAAAUUGAAAUGAUCCGCUCCUCUGGGUUUCUCGUUUCAGUCAUUCAUGGCAGGCAUGAUGUCAUUGCUCAAAUAUAUCAUGCAAAGAGACUGGCACAGAAGCUGCAGCCUGUGGCUAGAAUGGUAGAUCUUCCCGGAGGACAUCUUGUGAGUCAUGAGAGGACUGAAGAGGUCAAUAAAGCUCUUCUUCAGUUAAUCAAGGCUUCAGAAGCUAAGACCGAGCCAUAUGAUUGGACAAAUUUGCCUGAGAAAAGUUCCAGUUGGGUGGUUACAAGGAUGUUGUUUAUCAAAAAGAGUAAUGGCGAGGCUAACAAUUCAUCUCUGGCAUCCAGUAUGUUUCAGAAGCUACAUAUGUUCCUCUUGUACUUGUUUGGUCUAUUUGCGUUGGCAUACGAGAAAGGAAUCAUGACUUUUAGAAGUAUAAAACCAGCUAGAGUUGCGAAUUCCAUUACAUAAGCCGUUGUCCAAUGGAGCUCCAACUCUUUCACUGGUAAAACACUUUUCUUUGAUUCUGUUUCCUUCAGGAGAAACAUAUAUACAGAGUAAAAUUUGAGACUGACAUUGGAGUUUCUCUCAACAGGAGCUCAUUGUUUUUCCAGAGUCAUAUACCAGAGUUCAUUAACAUAAUGAGGCCUUUUAUACACAAUAAAGACAUGUUGCAGUCUGGAGAAGAAUUGGAGAGAGAUCACUACGGCCAAUAUUUAGGCAGUUCCCCGUUUCUCCUUAUCCUGCAACAAAUAUAUACAGAGCUGCAUCUUUUACAGAAUUACAGUCCAAAAGAAUGAGGGAAAAGGAAUAGGGUGUUUCUACGUUUAUCUAUCUUUUUGUUCCUCAUGUAAAUUUACUCAGAAUUGCCUAUCCAUUCACUCUUGGCAACAGAACAACCUUGUACUUGAGAAUUCUGAUUUAAAUUCAACACUAUUCAAUAUUGACAGUACCAUAUCAACUUAACAAAUUAACAGCGUGUUUACUUCACCGGAUGGAAUUGUAUUUUCCCGGAAUCGAUUGCAUUCCAAUGUUUACUUGCACCAAGGAAAUCCGGAGAGGGGAGGUUGGAAUUG